GGCCGAUCCGCAGGCAGCGGAUCUUUCUGUGUGUUUUGUUCCGGGGGAAUUUUAUUAUAUUUUUCAUUCCACGAGAAAAAAAAAAAGAGAGGCGUGAUAAUUUUAAUUCAUCUUAAUAUGACAAAUAAUUAAGUUAUAUCAAUGAUCUUCCUGCAUCAUUCACAUUAUUGUGGAUGUUGCUUUUUAAGCCUCCAAUUUACAAGGCGAGUAUGACCACAUGUGUUUUAUUACAGAUUUUGCGGUCUCGCGACUGGCGGUUAAUUCGACUAUGUUUACGGUGAUUAAUUUUCUAAUAAAAAAUUUGUAUCACAUCUGAGAUUAGUGUUUGAAAUGUGUUAAGUGAUUGAUUUUUGUUUAGAGAUGAUUCAAUUGGAAAUUAUCAGAAUUAGACUACAUAUCUUUUUUAGGGUCUAGAAUUAAAAUAAGAAUUUUUUUUUUGGUAACAUAGAAGAUGAUCGUGUUUAUAACUUCUUUGGAGUUAUUUUUUCCGUGAAAUUUGGAGAAUUGUGAAUGCAAGGAAUCGAUAAUUUUGCCAAAAACAUCCCGCGUGGAAAAUUAAAAUCCGUAUAUACAAUAAAAAGUUGAUGAAUUCGAUAUUGAGAAUUGGUGAAACAAUUUUGAUAACGGAUUUUUUAUGGUUAUUAGAAUGCAAUUGGAAAAUAUAGUGUGAACUAAAGUGUAUAUAAUCAAAAGUGAGAUCGAUGAACCCGGAACUUGAUUUUGGUUCAUAUCGACUAAAUGCAAUCAAGCAGUGACCUCGUGUGUUUGUAUCGUGGUAUUGCCAAUGCUUUCCUCAGUCAUCAUAGUGUAUCGACUAAACGUCUUGCUUUGAUUGGGUUACAUAAUUAAUUAAUUACAUUUACGCUGGUACCGUGUAUAGACCUUGCAUAAAUCAACCACCAAUCAAGCCAGGGGGAGGAUUGUGGGAAGCUAUUUCGAUAUAGUUAAUACAGGCCUUCAUUAUCAAUGCACUUUCAAGGAAUGAUCAACAGACGUCUAUUGUUGCUGUGGAUGUGGUGUGUUUUUGAAAAAGUAAAAAUGCAAAGUGACAAUUUAAGUGUUUGGUAAUGAGUGAACGAUUUGUUAAUAAAUUUUAAUCGGAUCUUGAAAUUGAAACUGUUGCUCAGAAAUCGUAUUGCUUGCACAAGAGUGAAAAUCUAUCAAGGAGUAAGAAUGAUGUUCGCGAGUGUUAGUGCAAUGGAUAACGUGAAAGAUUGGCAGUCAUUUAGGAGGACCUUCAUUCUAUUUUGGCUGUUUGUUUUUACGGUUGGAGCAUCAGCGGCUGGUACACUGGAAAAGCUACAUGAAGAGCAUGUACGAGAAUUCAGCUGUGGGAUGCUGUACUACAGAACUCUUUACCUGGACAGUAAAAGGGAUGUUCUCUACGUUGGAGCAAUGGACAAGGUCUUCAGGCUCAACCUGAGUAAUAUCAGCCAUUCCAACUGCGAGAGAGAUGCUCUUAACCUGGAACCAAGCAAUGUUGCAAAUUGCGUUUCGAAAGGCAAAUCAGAGCACUUUGAUUGUCGAAAUCAUAUUCGAGUGAUACAACCAAUAGGAGAUGGAAAUCGUUUUUAUGUUUGUGGUACAAAUGCUCAUUCACCAAAGGAUUGGGUGAUUUACAGCAAUCUCACUCAUUUGCCUAGAAACGAGUUUGUACCAGGUGUGGGAACAGCCAUUGCGAAGUGUCCUUACGACCCUGCGGACAACUCGACAGCAAUUUGGGUCGAAAGGGGAAAUCCAGGAGAUUUGCCAGCUCUUUAUUCUGGCACCAAUGCGGAAUUUACUAAAGCUGAUACUGUUAUUUUCCGAACGGAUCUCUACAAUUUGACGACAGGUAGAAAGGGCUUCAAUUUCAAGAGAACGAUCAAGUACGACUCGAAAUGGUUGGACAAACCUGAUUUUGUUGGUUCCUUUGACAUUGGACAACAUGUAUUCUUUUUCUUCCGUGAAACCGCAGUCGAGUACAUCAAUUGUGGUAAGAGUGUCUAUUCUCGUGUAGCUAGACUAUGUAAAAAAGACACUGGAGGAAAAAAUAUUCUCGGGCAAAAUUGGGCGACCUACUUAAAGGCAAGAUUGAAUUGCUCAAUUCCUGGCGAAUUUCCUUUCUACUUCAAUGAAAUUCAGAGUGUAUACAAGGUGCCAGGUGAUGAUACACAUUUUUAUGGAACUUUUACAACAUCGACAAAUGGUUUAAUGGGUUCAGCGAUAUGUUCAUUUCAUAUUGAUGCAAUACAAGAUGCCUUCCGUGGGAAAUUUAAGGAACAGGCAACCAGUAGCAGUGCGUGGCUUCCUGUUUUGCCAAACAAAGUUCCUGAGCCAAGACCUGGCCAAUGCGUCAAUGACACGGAAACACUUCCCGAUACAGUUCUAAAUUUCAUUAGGUCACAUCCGCUUAUGGACUCGGCGAUAUCGCACGAGAAUGAAAAGCCCGUUUUCUACAAGAGGGACGUUAUGCUUACUCGACUUGUGGUCGAUAAACUUCGUAUCGAUUUUGUUGGAAUGGAUUUGGACUAUACGGUUUAUUACGCUGGCUCCAGUGACGGACGAGUUCAUAAAGUGGUUCAAUGGGUCGACAGCAAUGGUGACUCACAAUCGAUUCUCUUGGAUGUCUUCGAUGUUACUCCCGGUGAGCCAAUUCAAGCAAUGGAAAUAUCGAAGGAACACAAAGCAAUCUACGUGGCGUCUGAUCAUCGAAUAAAGCAAAUCGAUUUAGUCAUGUGUUCUCGUCGCUAUGACAAUUGUCUACGUUGUGUUCAUGAUCCUUAUUGCGGUUGGGAUAAGGAUACAAAUACCUGCAAACCCUAUGCACCAGGACUUUUACAGGAUGUCUCGAAUAGUACGGCAGAUGUUUGCGACAGUAGUGUUGGUAAACGAAGACUUGUAGUGACAUGGGGUCAAUCGGUGCAUCUUGGUUGUUUUGUAAAGAUGCCCGAGGUUCUUGAAAAUCAAGAAGUUAGAUGGUAUCAUUAUAGCAAAGAGAAGGGAAGAUAUCAAAUAACAUACAAAUAUGGCUCGGGUGGUGAAAAAUUCAUCGAAACAUCAGAAAAAGGAUUGGUAAUUGUUGGUGUUAAUGAUCAGGAUGCAGGAAGGUACGACUGCUGGCUCGGAGGUGCUCUUCUUUGCUCCUAUAAUAUUACAGUAGACGCUCACAGAUGUUCGGCACCUGCUAAAUCAAAUGACUAUCAAAAGAUUUACUCGGAUUGGUGUCACGAAUUUGAAAAGUACAAGUCAGCCAUGAAGAGUUGGGAAAAGAAACAAGCGCAAUGCGCAUCAAGGCAAAACGACAGCAACCAAAAUCUACAUACAAACGAAGUAUAUGGAACGCCUCUAGUGUGAUGAAGUCGAGCGCUAGAUCCGUCGUCGAUUCGAGAUGACGACUCGAUAAUCCGUAUAAGCAUCCUACCGGCGAAUCAUUGUCCAAGUGUAUUCGAAUCGAGUGGUUUGGUACUUGCAGCUACGUUUAUCAUCGUCUCUUACGACCGGACAUUCGCUAAGUAAAUUGAAUGAAAAAAAAAAAAAAAAAAAUUAGUCAAUAAGAAAAAUAAACGAAUGUUCACUUGGAGUCAAGUGCCACGGUGCUCGGAACAUUUCCUCGCGUUUAAAGGCUAUAUAUUCUUUGUUUCUCGGAUAGGUUUUCAUUUUCUUUUUGUAUUCGCUUAAAUUUGUAAAUAUAUAUCUUUUUUGAGGUCUACAAUUUUACACGGGGAGACUUCGCUUCGGCAACGAUGCGCGAGCACCAGUGGAUGCCAAAGUAAGUGUUCUUAAGGGCAGAAGGCAGAGAAGACAUUGAUCUUUAAAAGCAAUAUAUCAACGUUUCCUCAUCGCUAAAAAAAAAAAAAAAAAAAAAAACACGGGACGUAAAUGUUUUUUUCUGAGACCUGUGAUAUGAAUAAUAAUAUAAUUUAGCGAUUAGAAAUCGUUGACUAAUGAUUUUAAAGGAUGUCCUGCUGGAGCCCUCUCUCGGAGAGAAACAAGGCAGAAAACAAUCAUGAUUGCGUGAUUUCCCCGGGAAUGUCUCGUAUAUUACGUAUUAAAAAAAAAUAUAUAGAUUUAAGAGUUAGUAAUUCUUAAUAAGCGGCAAGAAAUCGUGGUUACUUAAGACGAGCACCGAACGUCUCGGACUAAAUCACAGAGGUUACAUAUGAGAUUAUGAAUUCGUUAAAAAUGCGCGACGGUUGACUCCCUCGAUUUCCACUCUCUACUUUGAAAUUAAUUUUUAUUUCUAAUCAAAACUCGCGGGCUGAGUGUUGGAUUCUUUUUUAUUACAGUCGCGCUUCCAUUUUUCCCUUUAAUCGUAUUUUUUUGUCCCCCUCACGAAAUCGAGAUUAAUUUAAAAAAUUUUGUUUUGUCUCAGAAUUGACCAUAAAUACUCGAAGGUGCUACACACGGAUUUCAAUAUCGAAGUAAUUUAAAAUAAAUACUGAGCCCUACAGAAUUGAAUCGAUUUUUGACAUUUUCAAAAUUAGACUCUUAUGGGCGUCUCAAAAUUUUGUACAUAUAACGAAUCAACGAUUCACGUGUACACUUUGUAGCUAACUUUAAAUAUUUAGUGUAGAUUCAUGUUCGCUUAUUAGUUCUUGAUGAGUUCGACUAAUAUGGUCGUAUCUCGCAAAAUUACUAAGUGAACCAAAUGCGAUUAUUCCGCAACUUUGCUGGAUUAAGAUAAUAAUCCUAGUGGAAUCAUCUUAAUAUUAAUUUACUUUGAUCACUCUUCUUCAAUUUUAAAUUCCAAUAAAUUUGCAAAACACCUGCAUUUUGACAAUUUUUAUGAUGAAAGAGUGAUGAAUGUAAAUUAAUUUAAGGGAAUUUUUGCUAAGGAAAGUAGAGAGGUCAUGACACCUUUCUCUGUGAAAAGUUUUUCAUUUCAAUAAUAACAAAAAGCAGUGAUAGUUGAUUCUUGCCCAUUUUUUUUGGUUUUUCUUUCAUUUUGUAAAUAAUUAUUAAAAAAAAGCGUGCCAUUCGGAGGCACAUUGAUUUUUUUUCCGGCGCUCGGUAGAAUUUUCGUCCGCGCAGAGCGUUUUUCGGGCGAUCGAGGGUACAUAUACAAUGUCUAUAUUCUAGGAAUUAUGUAAUUCGUUAAGUUCUGUACAAAGACGUUCUCCAAUAUGAAUUAACAUAAGAUUUAAUUUUAUACUUCGAUAGUUUACGGUGCGUGCAGCUGUUAAUUAAAUUGAAUGAAUGUUAAACGAAAAAUGAAUGACUAUAGAAUAAAUGUGUUAUAAAAACAAAAAUUAAUUGGUAAACUAUGUACUUAUUACGAGCUUCAAACAAGUAUUGAAUAGUAUUAUCACCUAAGGUAAGAAUCGAUUUUUAUUUAAGGACUUUAGUGCGCAAAUAGGGCCAGCAGUCACCGUCGUGUAUAAUUUGCCUCUAAUCAAUUUUUUGAUAGAGGAAUUAUGAAAUUAAUUUUUUUUCUCGAUAUACCCUUAUUAAAAGAUUCAUUAACAAAAAAAAAUUCAAUGACUGAAAUUUUAAAGAGAACUAGAAAAUUGCGCGUGAUUAAAAAUAGAAAUGAAAUAUAAAUAUAAAUCCUUACAAUAGCGGAUAUUUUAGGACUUGGAAAGAUUCUCUAUAAGGGCGCUCUGGGGAUUCUGAUAAUUUCCGUUUGAAUUCCGACUGGAAUAUCUGAUUAAGUUGCGCCAGGUUUUUAAAUAUCAAUUUUUUUUUAAAACAAUUGAAUUUGUUUUACUAUUUAUUUGAAACAUCGUUCAUUACGUGGUUUAUUGUUUACCUGAUUAAAUUGCGCCAGGUUAUUAAAUAUCAAUUUUUUCCAAAACAAUUGAAUUUGUUUUACUAUUUAUUUGAAACAUCGUUCAUUACGUGGUUUAUUGUUUACCUGAUUAAAUUGCGCCAGGUUAUUAAAUAUCAAUUUUUUUUCAAAACAAUUGAAUUUGUUUUACUAUUUAUUUGAAACAUCGUUCAUUACGUGGUUUAUUGUUCACCUGAUUAAAUUGCGCCAGGUUAUUAAAUAUCAAAUUUUUUUCAAAGUCAAGAUAAAAUUGGAAUUUUAAAAAUAAAUACUCGGUGUGUGCUAACAACUCAUGAGAUUAGAAGUGAAUGAGAGUAAUAAUUAUCUUACAAUUGUGCACGCAUAUAUAAAUAUUUAUGAACUGACGUAAUCUAUGAAAGGUUUUUUGCGUAAAGUGAAAAUUUAACGAAUCAAUACUAGAUGACGGAUUUGGUCAGCUGCCCUGUUCACUUUUUUUAAAAUCUUCAAAUUUUUAUGAUUCUAAUUGCGCUAAUAAAGUGAUCAAAUCAGAUCAUCAAGUCCGCCCUCUAAUUAUAUUAAAAAAUAAAAAAAAAUAAUUAAGACACAUUAUGAUCCAUAUAGCUGAGAGCUCAGCAUGCAAAUUUUUGUUAUUAUAUAUCGUCAUCAUAUAUAUAAAAAAAAGAAUAUUCCAAAAUAAAAAUUUGUAAAUUUAAAAAAUAAAGGAAGACAAUUCCAAAUUGAAUAUCCUUCACUCUUUUGAAUGUUGAGCUUUCAGAUUGGUCGAUGUGAUUAAAGAAAGCAAUCUCUAAGAUGAACCCUAAUGUUGUUAGACCUAUUAUUUAUAAGAUUACUAAAUACUGUAUGUUAUUUCCUGAGCGGUUGGCGCAACGGAAUGUUGGAUUAUCCCCCGCAGACUAUUGCUAUCGAUCGUUUUUAAGCAGGGUAUUUCUUUCAAAUUGUGGUAUAUCGAUUUACUAUUUUAGCUAAAUUAUAUAUAAAUUUCAAAUCGACUGAUAAUUUUUUUUUUAACAUAAUAAACGAAUGUUUUAUUAUUGAAAAAUUAAUUAAAAUUACGAAAAUUGGUUAAAUUUUUAAAGAGCGUCGGUGUAAAUUAAAUUUUUAUUCCGUAGCGCCAAUCGAAAACAAAUUAGGCUAGCUCGGUUAGUGUGCGCGGUAUGAUCAACAUGAUAUAAAUAUAUAAAAAAAAAUGGUUUACUGCCGUGAGAUAAAGAUGACUUAUUACGAUAAAGAUGAAAGAAUAUAGCUGAUAACGACUUAUUAAAUAUAUCAUUAGGACUAGCCGACAAUUGUCUUUAAAGAUUUUGUUGAUAUCGUUUUCUUUUUUUUUUUCAAAGACACAUUUUAUUUUAUCUUCAUCCCAAUAGGGUUGCAAUAUAAAUUUAAAAUAUUGAUUAAAUUCUCGUUUAACUUGUCUUCUUACUUCCUUUCACUCCCCCCCACCCACUUUAUUAUUUAAAUUUUUUUUUUUGUUCUUCAUCAGCAUUUAUCAUCCAAGAUGGAGAUCAUCUAAGUACCAAAAUUGAAUAAAGAGAGAACGAGGGAUUUUUACGUUAUAUAACUGAUAAUUCACACCGUGGCACUCCUCCUUAUCGAUCGAACAUAUUUUUUGUUCAUCCUCAACAUCGUUUCGUUGAGGAUUCACAAAAUCGUGAUUCAUGAAAUCCGAAGCACUCGACAUUCCGUGCACGGGAAUUCAAUUUUGUUCGAUCGCAAAGGAUGUCUCACAUCGCUCAAAAGAGAAAAACCUUCCAUCGAAAUGCAGCGCGCACUUGUCAUGCGUUAUUUGCUCGUGCGUUUGACUGAAAUCUUACAGAAAAAAAAAAUUAUUGAACGGUGUGAUAAAUGCCAAUUGACCAAGAACAUUAUAAUCGCUCACAUAUCGCGAUGACUAAAACGAAUAGGUAAUGAAUUUUCAAAUAGAAAUACGAAUUCAUUUUUACGAUUUUAAUAGUUUACAUAUAUAUAUAUAAAUAGAUAUGAAAGUGGAGUUCUUUCAAUUGGAGAAAAAUUUUAAUUUUGCAAUUUCUUUUUUGCUAUUAGUAUUCAUUUACUUUUUUUUCCCCUAUUUUGGUUUUAAUACUCGUUUCUCUUUUACUCUCACUUUCUUUACCCUUUUACUUUUUCAAUUUAAUUUUACUGUUCUUUUUUUCUGCUUUUACUUUUCACCUUGAUUUUUCUAAUAUUUGUAUUCUUAUUAAAUACGGAUUUUUUUUAACCCUUUAUAGAAUAAAAAGAAAAAGAGAAAACAGUAUUCAAAGACAAUUUCCAUCUGAUUUCACAUUCAUGUACAUUUUUUUAUUUUGUCAUUAUUAUGCGACAUUCAUAUUCUUUUUUAAUUAUCGACAAAAUAAUGAUGCAACGAGUAUUUUUCAUUUUGAAAAUAUCUUGCAUUAAGAGACCCUUUUUAGAUAUUCCUCUACUACCUAAACAUCCAAUCGCUAUUUUUAUCAAAAAAAAAAAAAAAAAAAAACAUGUUAAAAAUCUUUAAUAGUUAUCCAUUGUUCACUAUUGCUAUAAUAAAGUUUUGCUUUAAUAAAUGA